AAAACAAUAUCAUUUCUUGUAUUAGCAGCCAUGGGAUUCUUGAAAAUCUUUCUUGUUUUCAUCUUUUGUUCUUUCCCAUGGCCUACUAUUCAGAAUGAUCUCGAGACUUAUAUAGUCAAUGUUGAAUCCCCUGAAAGCGUAAUUUCUACUCAAUCAUCGGUAACAGAUUUAGACAACUAUUAUCUUUCUUUUUUGCCUAAAACUACAACAAUCAGCUCAAGUGGAAAUGAAGAGCCUGCUAGCAUGCUCUAUUCCUUUCACAAUGUGAUGAAAGGAUUUUCAGCAAGAUUAACAGCAGCACAAGUGAAGGAAAUGGAGAAGAAACACGGCUUUGUCUCUGCUCAGAAACAGAGGAUUUUCACCUUGCAUACUACUCAUACUCCAAGCUUUCUUGGUUUGCAACAGAACAUGGGCUUGUGGAAGGAUUCCAACUAUGGGAAAGGCGUGAUCAUCGGAGUUAUAGACACUGGAAUUUAUCCUGACCAUCCUUCGUUUAGCGACGGUGGGAUGCCUCCUCCACCUGCUAAGUGGAAAGGAGUUUGUGAGUCCAAUUUCAAAACCAAGUGUAACAACAAGCUCAUUGGAGCCAGGUCUUACCAACUUGCCAAUGGUUCUUUGAUAGAUGAUAAUGGACAUGGUACACACACAGCGGGCACAGCUGCAGGAACCUUUGUGAAUGGUGCUAAUGUAUUUGGGAAUGCUAAUGGCACUGCAGUUGGUGUUGCUCCUCUUGCCCAUAUAGCCAUAUAUAAGGUAUGUGGUUCCGAUGGCAAGUGUUCUGACAGUGAUAUUUUAGCUGCCAUAGAUUCAGCUAUAGAUGAUGGAGUAGAUAUUCUUUCAAUAUCCCUGGGUGGAUCUCCGAGCCCUUUCUAUGACGACAAUAUUGCUCUCGGGGCGUACAGUGCAACAGAAAGAGGCAUUCUUGUAAGUUGUGCUGCAGGCAAUGAUGGUCCUUCUACUGCCUCGGUAGGAAAUGCAGCCCCGUGGAUCCUUACAGUAGGUGCCAGCACAGUUGAUAGAAAGAUAAAAGCUACUGUUAAACUUGGAAAUAGAGAGAAAUAUGAAGGAGAAUCUGCUUAUCGUCCAAAGAUUUCCAACUCAACAUUCUUCACUCUAUUUGAUGCUGCAAAAAAUGCAAGUGAAACUCCUUAUUGCAAACCAGGGUCACUCACUGACCCUGCUAUAAGAGGAAAGAUAGUAUUAUGUCUACAAGAUGAUGUCGUUUCCAAUAUUGAUAAAGGACAAGCUGUGAAGGAUGCUGGAGGUGUUGGCAUGAUUAUCAUUAACCAGCCAAGUUACGGUGCCACUAAAUCAGCUGAUGCUCAUGUUCUUCCAGCAAUGGAUGUUUCAGCUGCAGAUGGAAAAAAAAUCCUUUCUUAUAUGAACUCAACAUCGAACCCUGUCGCUACAAUCACAUUCCAAGGAACAGUAAUUGGAGAUAAAAAUGCUCCCAUAGUAGCUGCAUUUUCUUCUCGCGGACCAAGUGAAGCUAGUCCUGGCAUCUUGAAACCUGACAUAAUCGGUCCUGGUGUUAAUAUCCUUGCUGCUUGGCCCAUCUCUGUGGAUGACAACAGAAACACCAAAUCCAGAUUCAAUAUUAUAUCAGGCACCUCAAUGUCUUGCCCUCACCUUAUUCCCUGA